UAGUUUAUUAGUUUAAAUUGUACCGUUUGACUUACACCGUUGAUAGAGAUGUGGUGAACUCCUUAAAUUCAGUCGGGAAACACAGUGACAUGAGUUCCACGGUAGAAACUGAAUGUGCGAUGGACGUGGAAGAGAACGAACAGAAGAUAGUUAAGAUCGAUGCCAAAUUACCGUUUUCUAUCGAAAAUUUGCUUGCAGACAAAAUAAAUCAUGCGGAAAAACCUAUUAACAGUGAAGUGCAACCAUCUACGAGUGUGAAUAGUAAUUAUUUUAAAGAUUUCAACGCUAGUGAGUUAGGUAAUUCGGACGAUGAGAUCAGUAACGGCAGUUCGGAAAAUGUUGAUGUCGAGAGUUCGACAGCGGGCGACGCACCAGAAUUUGGGGAUAUGAAGACGAAUGAUUAUCAUUCAGGAAUAUGUUCGUCUCGAGGCAAGCGCGCCCGUACUGCAUUCAGCGCCCAGCAGAUCAAAAGUUUAGAGGCUGAGUUCGAGAAGAAUAGAUACUUAUCUGUGGCCGCCAGAGGGAGGUUGGCGAGGCAGUUGAGGCUCACGGAGACACAGAUUAAAAUAUGGUUCCAAAACCGACGAACUAAAUGGAAACGUAAAUACACGAACGACAUAGAGCUCUUAGCGCAGCAAUACUACAGUAGUCUGGGCAUUGUCGCCCCUCGGCCAAUGUUCGUGGGCGACCGACUGUGGGUCUUCAACUAUCCCAACAGACUACCACCAACACAACAACAACAAUGGAUUAAAUCCGUCACACAAAAUCACAUUUUAGAGAGAAAUGCCUUCAGAAGUAUGCCAAAGCCAGACGUGCCGCCAUUUUUAAUUCCCACGCCGACGUUUCCUACUGAUCGGUUUUUACCGAGUAGCGUCAAAGUCCCUCCACAAAAUCGGCUGGUGACCCGUGAAGUUUACAACAACAUGGCGACGGCCCAACGAAGUAUUGAUACGUAUAAAAAUAAUAUUUUAAGCCACAGCACGCCACCACAAGAGUCAAAUGUUGAUCAUUUGAGAAGACUGGAAGAGAAUUUUAGUAUUUAAGAUAUUUAUCUAUAGAAUUGCGUAAUGCUCUGUGGUAUUACGUCUUGUAAAAAUUGUGCAAAUAAACAUAAUACAGUAUAUUGUUUUCAAUACA